GGGAGAGAAAAUGGGCAUCUUUUCUGGGCUUCUCCGAAGGGAUGGCUGGGAUUUAGAAGAAAGAGGCGCCCGCUGGAGCUAGGCGGGGGGCUCGUCCCUGGGACCGGCAAGCCAGCUUGGUCAAAGCGGAUUUGGCCCCAUUCGACACCAUGGCUACCAGCGCUGUGCCAAGUGAGAACCUGCCCACUUACAAAUUAGUGGUGGUUGGAGAUGGAGGUGUAGGGAAAAGCGCCCUCACCAUUCAGUUUUUCCAAAAAAUCUUCGUGCCAGAUUAUGACCCAACGAUUGAAGACUCCUAUCUGAAGCAUACAGAGAUAGAUGGGCAAUGGGCAAUUCUGGAUGUCCUGGACACUGCUGGUCAAGAAGAAUUCAGUGCAAUGAGAGAGCAGUACAUGAGGACAGGAGAUGGCUUUCUUAUAGUCUAUUCAGUCACAGAUAAAGCCAGCUUUGAACACGUGGAUAGGUUCCAUCAACUCAUUCUCCGGGUUAAGGACAGGGAAUCUUUUCCAAUGAUUUUAGUGGCCAACAAAGUUGAUCUAAUGCAUUUGAGAAAAAUCACCCAGGACCAAGGGAAGGAAAUGGCAGCCAAGCACAAUAUUCCAUAUAUAGAAACUAGUGCUAAGGAUCCUCCACUGAAUGUUGACAGAGCCUUCCAUGAUCUUGUUCGAGUAAUCAGGCAACAGGUUCCAGAAAAGAACCAGAAGAAGAAAAAGACCAAGUGGCGAGGAGACAGAGCAACUGGUUCCCACAAACUGCAUUGUGUGAUUUUGUGACUGUCUCUUCCUGUGUUUUUUGGGGGAGGGGGUUUCCCAUUCCAACUUGAACCUAAAGAAACAAUUGUACAACCUAACUGCAACUUGACUUUUCAAGGAAACAGUUCCUGCCCAAAAGAACUCAAAGGGAAAAGUUCUGGGCAUUCUUGAGAUUCAGCCACACGAUUAUUUGGCAAACGAUGCAGAACGGUUUUACCUUUAAAAAAAAGAAAAGAAAAACAUGUUACUCCAAAGCAGGGGCAAAACAAAACCCAAGUUUUAUGACUGUUGGCCAUUUCAAUAGUCAUUAUUUUAAAAUUACUGGGGUGACUAAAAAUGUUUUAUGUGCAAGCAUUCCUAAGGGGACCUUACUUCUAAAGAGUCAUUAAUGGCUUUACUUAGUACUGAGCGUCUUGUCAAUCAGGGUCAAUAUUUCCUUUCUUGGCAGAAUUUCCUUUUGCACUGGAUUCCUGGUAUGUCUUCAGUGAUGCAAAUCAUGUAUAUGUGUCUGUGUGUGUGUAUACAAAAGAAGCUGGUGUGUAGCCAGAUCUUUAUAAGGCAGUGCCAGCAAAAAGGAUGAAGGAACAUGAGGGGGAGGGGGUUGUCAGUCCCCAUCCGGGUUGUUCAACCUAUGUGCCAGGUUGUGUUUUGUCAGUAAAAGGUGGCUCUGAAAAGAGUGAGAGGGCAGCCAUUUUGCUAGUCCUGAGAAGUAUUUAAAUUAAAUGGUUAUUUACA